UCUCCACCUUUUCCUCCUCUUCCUGCACCUUUUCUUCCUGCGUCCCCCCUCCCCCGCCGCGGAUCCUGGCCGCUGCUCUUCAGACCCAGGAUGCCGGGGGGCAAGAGAGGGCUGGUGGCACCGCAGAACACAUUUUUGGAGAACAUCGUCAGGCGCUCCAGUGAAUCAAGUUUCUUACUGGGAAAUGCCCAAAUUGUGGAUUGGCCUGUAGUGUAUAGUAAUGAUGGUUUUUGUAAACUCUCUGGGUAUCAUCGAGCUGAUGUCAUGCAGAAAAGCAGCACCUGCAGUUUUAUGUAUGGGGAAUUAACUGACAAGAAGACCAUUGAGAAAGUCAGGCAGACUUUUGACAACUACGAGUCAAACUGCUUUGAAGUUCUUCUGUACAAAAAAAAUAGAACCCCUGUUUGGUUUUACAUGCAAAUUGCACCAAUAAGAAAUGAACAUGAGAAGGUGGUCUUGUUCCUGUGCACUUUCAAGGAUAUUACGUUGUUCAAACAGCCCAUAGAGGAUGAUUCAACAAAAGGUUGGACAAAAUUUGCCCGAUUGACACGGGCUUUGACAAAUAGCCGGAGUGUUUUGCAGCAGCUUACGCCAAUGAAUAAAACAGAGGUGGCACACAAGCACUCGCGAUUAGCUGAGGUUCUUCAGCUGGGAUCAGAUAUCCUUCCUCAGUAUAAACAAGAAGCGCCAAAGACGCCACCACACAUUAUUUUACACUAUUGUGCUUUUAAAACUACGUGGGACUGGGUGAUUUUAAUUCUUACCUUCUACACCGCCAUUAUGGUUCCUUACAACGUUUCUUUCAAAACAAAGCAGAACAAUAUUGCCUGGUUGGUGCUGGACAGUGUGGUGGAUGUUAUUUUUCUGGUUGAUAUUGUUUUAAAUUUUCACACAACUUUUGUGGGGCCUGGUGGAGAGGUCAUUUCUGAUCCUAAAUUGAUAAGGAUGAACUAUCUGAAAACCUGGUUUGUGAUUGAUCUGCUGUCUUGUUUACCUUAUGACAUCAUCAAUGCCUUUGAAAAUGUGGAUGAGGGAAUCAGCAGUCUCUUCAGUUCUUUAAAAGUGGUGCGUCUCUUACGACUGGGCCGUGUUGCUAGGAAACUGGACCACUACCUAGAAUAUGGAGCUGCAGUCCUCGUACUCCUGGUGUGUGUGUUUGGACUUGUCGCCCACUGGCUGGCCUGCAUAUGGUACAGCAUUGGAGACUACGAGGUCAUCGAUGAAGUCACCAACACCAUCCAAAUAGACAGUUGGCUGUACCAGCUGGCCUUGAGCAUUGGGACUCCAUAUCGGUACAAUUCCAGCGCUGGGAUAUGGGAAGGAGGACCUAGCAAGGAUUCUCUGUAUGUGUCCUCUCUCUACUUUACCAUGACAAGCCUUACAACCAUAGGGUUUGGUAACAUUGCUCCCACCACAGAUGUGGAGAAGAUGUUCUCUGUGGCCAUGAUGAUGGUUGGCUCUCUUCUUUAUGCAACUAUUUUUGGAAAUGUUACCACAAUUUUCCAGCAAAUGUAUGCCAACACCAACCGAUACCACGAGAUGCUGAAUAACGUUCGGGACUUUCUGAAACUCUAUCAGGUCCCCAAAGGCCUUAGUGAGCGAGUCAUGGAUUAUAUCGUCUCAACUUGGUCCAUGUCAAAAGGCAUUGACACGGAAAAGGUCCUCUCCAUCUGUCCCAAGGAUAUGAGAGCGGAUAUCUGUGUUCAUCUAAACAGGAAGGUGUUUAAUGAACAUCCUGCUUUUCGACUGGCCAGUGACGGGUGUCUGCGAGCCUUGGCGGUAGAGUUCCAGACCAUUCACUGUGCGCCUGGGGACCUCAUUUACCAUGCUGGAGAAAGUGUGGAUGCGCUGUGCUUUGUGGUGUCGGGAUCCUUGGAAGUCAUCCAAGAUGAUGAGGUGGUGGCUAUUUUAGGAAAAGGCGACGUAUUUGGAGACAUCUUCUGGAAGGAAACCACCCUUGCUCAUGCCUGCGCAAACGUGCGGGCUCUGACGUACUGUGACCUGCACAUCAUCAAGCGAGAAGCCUUGCUCAAAGUUCUGGACUUUUAUACAGCUUUUGCAAACUCAUUCUCAAGGAACCUCACUCUGACCUGCAAUCUAAGGAAACGGAUUAUCUUCAGAAAAAUCAGUGAUGUGAAAAAGGAGGAGGAGGAGCGCCUUAGGCAAAAGAACGAGGUGACUCUCAGCAUCCCCGUGGACCACCCAGUCCGAAAACUCUUCCAGAAGUUUAAGCAGCAGAAGGAGCUUCGAAAUCAGGGCUCAAUGCAAAGUGACCCCGACAGGAACCAGCUCCAGGUAGAAAGUCGCUCCUUACAGAAUGGAGCGUCCAUCACUGGCACCAGUGUGGUGACCGUGUCCCAGAUUACUCCUAUUCAGACGUCUCUGGCCUAUGUGAAAACCAGUGAAUCCCUCAAGCAAAACAACCGCAAUGCCAUGGAACUCAAGCCCAAUGGCGGUGCUGACCAGAAAUGUCUCAAAGUCAACAGCCCCAUAAGAAUGAAAAAUGGAAAUGGGAAAGGUUGGCUGCGGCUCAAGAACAACAUGGGAGCCCAUGAGGAGAAAAAAGAAGACUGGAAUAAUGUCACCAAAGCUGAGUCCAUGGGGCUCUUGUCAGAAGACCCCAAGGGCAGUGACUCAGAGAACAGUGUGACCAAAAACCCGCUAAGGAAAACGGAUUCUUGUGACAGUGGAAUUACAAAAAGUGACCUUCGUUUGGAUAAGGCUGGGGAGACCCGGAGUCCACUAGAGCACAGUCCCGUUCAAGCUGAUGCCAAGCACCCCUUUUAUCCCAUCCCCGAGCAGGCCUUACAGACCACACUGCAGGAAGUCAAACACGAACUCAAGGAGGACAUUCAGCUGCUCAGCUGCAGAAUGACUGCCCUUGAAAAGCAGGUGGCAGAAAUUUUAAAAAUACUGUCAGAAAAAAGCUCCCCCCAGGCCUCACCUCCCAAAUCCCAAAUGCCACUCCAAGUACCUCCCCAAAUACCAUGUCAAGAUAUUUUUAGUGUCUCAAGGCCUGAGUCUCCUGAAUCUGAUAAAGAUGAAAUCCACUUUUAAUAUGUAUACAUAUAUAUUUGUUAAUAUAUUUACAGCAGUAUAUACAUCUAUAUACAUACGUGUGUAUAUAUAGUAUAUACAUAUAUAUUUUCACUUGCUUUCAAUAUGAUGAACACACUAUGGGUUUUGAUAUGUACAUAUUGCAUGUCCAGCUGGAUUCUGGCCUGCCAAAGAAGAUGAUUAUUGAAAACAUAGAUAUUGCUUGUAUAUUAUGCAGUUGACUGCAUGCACACACUUUACAUUUAUUUAUAAACUCUCUUGUAUAAUAAGAAAGUACAAUUUUUAUUAACUGAGGCAAUGUAAUAUUUGAAGAAUCAGGGUCCAACCUGCCAAUGUUGCCAUGACAAAUUUGAUCUCAGGCUCAGUAUAUCAAGCUGUCAUUUCUUCACUCGUCUGUUAAGUUAAAAUUAUAGAUUAAUGCCAAGGAAGAGUUCAACUUUUUAAGCUCUUACUACCAUUUUCUGAUCUCUUUCCAUAGGAUAUUUUUCUGUAACUUAAGGUUAGGUUAUUUUCCCCUGCAGGCAAUGUUUGCUCCAUUUAAAUGACUUUUGUUGCCUACAUCAGAUAGCAGUGUGGGAUAUUGAGAACUUAUUGCUAUGGGGUUUGUGCAUGACUUGCAUUUUCACUCAACUAUACCUCUCCUUUCUUGACAUUAUACCUAGAUAGUAAUCAUUAGUUCUGAGGUAAGGAAAUACCAACUUUCCCUGUCUUGGAGAAUAGCUGCCAUCUUGUCAGCUGUCAUUAUCAAUACCAUAAAUAUUCAACUCUUGAUAUAGUGUAUAAUAUUAUAGAAAUACUGCACCACAGGGUACAAGGGCCUUUUACCAAUUCGUGUUUGAGAUGCCAAUUAUCCAAAGGUGAACAGUGUUCUUCUACACGUGUAUUUCCAAAACUUGUUCAAGAGUGAAUUAAAGGCUCUUAACAAAGAAACACAUACAAAAAUUUUAAAUUAUCAUAUCAAAAUUUUUACUGUUAUAAUACAGAAUUUUUUAACAAGAAUGUAAACAGGCAUGUUUUGUAGCAUAUCUGCAAUUUAAAAAGAGUGAAAAGGGAGGCACAGAAUUGUUGGCGCGUGAUUCACAUUGUCUGUAGAGAUGACACGUGAAUCGUAACAAACCAGCCAACCAAGAAGUAGAGGUUAAGUUGCUUGACUCGGAUACUUAUCUUUCCAUGAUUUCAUUCUGGUUACCAUUUUCUAAAGCUUAUUUUGCACAGAGCUGUACUGCCGAACUUCUGCUGAGUUGGUUCAAUAGACCACUGUGGCUCAGGCAGAUCCACUUAUGAAAGGGUAAGUCAAGAGUGAGUUUCAGAAUCUUUUGGGUUACAAAUCUUCUUCUUAGAAAGUGCCUAUUAUCAAUGAAGAGAAGUCACAAAGAAUUGUGUUGUCUGUUACUAGUCCCUUCAAUCAUGUGUAUGAGAAUGAAUAAAACAUACAUUCAUUUCUAAAAACAGGAGACUUGACUAAAGUAUAUUUUGUGAAGUUUUUCAGAAAGGCAUACUUUCAAAUGGUGCAUCAAUGACAUUGAAUAUUAGAAGAGGAGGAGUCAGUGUUUGUAUUAAGUUUAAAGCAUGUACCAAUACUUUGUAUUUAUUGGACCAUCUGUACAUAUACAUUAACAUACAAAAGAACGUGGCAAAAUCAAAUGGUCUAUUAUACUCAUUUUUAUGAGCUUUUCUGUCUUGCAGUAUAUCCAACCAAACUCAUCAGAAUUGAAAGAUGGGUUGUCAUAAUCAGACUGGAGAAGUACAAAACGGUACUUUAUUGUAUUUUAAAAUUUCUUCACAUGCCUCGAAAAUGUGCCUCUCUAGGAAUCUAGGAAUGUAGUGUGUACUAUAGAUUUCAUUUUUCCUUUUCUUGUACACAUAUCUUUCCUUAUCCAUAAUGGAACUUUGCAGAUGACCAUGUCUUCAUGCUAUGCUAUAAUAUCUACCUAUUAUAGAUAUAAGAAAAUGAAAUAACUGUGGUCUCUAAAGUAAUUAUGGAAGUCAGUCUUAAAAUUGGAGGACCUUUUUCAUAGUGAGGAUGGGAGCUUUUUCUUUGUUGCAUUUCAGAGCAUAUUGCUAUUUGUAUAAAUUGAGUUUGGCUAAGGCUUUUAAAGGGGAAUAAAUGGUAAAACAUAAUGUGAGUAUAGAAAUUGUUAGGUUAACUUUAAUCAUGUACGUCAAAGGUAAUUGUGUAAAGCUAUAUUGAGAAUGACUGUGAAGUAGUGGGCUGGUUUGAGGGUACAGUUUAUACCUCUGCAUAGGAAGGCAAAAAUUUGCUGUAUGUGUUAAGGAACUUGAUGGUUUUGAACUGUGCUGGGCUGUCAAUAAGCAGGGGGAGGGAGGCUCAUUGUUUAUUUAUCACAUAGUUACCACACUAUUCUUUUGCAGACACCUCUGCUGUCUGUAUGCAUGACAGGAUGUAGUCCUGAAUGCAGGCUGCUCUUCUCAGCAGAGAUACACACAUUCAGCAAACACUGUACAUACAAUCGGCUUUUAGGUUCCCAGAUUUUACAGUUCUUCUCAGUAGAAUUCUUACUCAGAUUUGGAUGAAGGGUAAACACUUGUUUUAAUACAUGCAAUCAUGACCCCGUGGUGUUCUGUGUUUCAACGUGUGCAUUGUGGAGGCUCUUUGGGGGACCAGAUGACUGCAUGUUUUAUUCAUACACUAUACAGUUGCUCUGGGUUAAUCCGGAGCACAAUUUUUACUAUUAUACUGCUGAAUUGUGUACUAAUAGGAAUAAAUGGAUAUAUGUAUUUAAAAUCCAAACAUUUUCCAAAGCAACAUGCACAUGGUCAGUAUGUUUCUAUGCUACUGUUAGAAUACAAGAUCAGAUGCUAUAUCCUAGACAGGCGAUUGUAACAUAAGAGCAAAAGCCAAAUAGAAAUGUGAGCUGUGUGUCACAAUAGUGAGUUCUAUCAGUCUAUAUCAGGACACUAAACAUAAUCUAGUAGAUGGAAAAGCUUGUGAUUAAUGGCAAAUAGAAAUACAAAAAGUAGACGACAAUGCCAGAGUUCCUGGUGGCCCACAUUAGCAUAGAUGAUACUUAAAAUGGUUCAGUCACAGUGGUUGAAUGCAGACUCACACUUCACAAUUAAACUGAAAAUUUCUAUUGCGACACUGACACUAUCUCACAUUGUCUUAAGCAUUAGAAGAAGAAAAACCCCACAGCUUUAUGAAGAUCAGAAGACAGAUAAUUUGACAAUUUGGAGUUUUAAGUUGCUGCUAGGACAACUACUUGAUCCUGUAGUAUUCAGCACUUUAAUGGGAAUAUUAAUUAUGAUAACUAACUAAAAUGACAUUUCAAAAAUCAAUGCGAUUGGAGCCUGGAUGCAAACCACAUGUUCUCUUAAAUUUAAGAUUUGUUCACACAUGAGGUCUGAUCUGUUUGAUGUUCUAUUUUGAAUAACCACAUUGUUUUAGAAAAUGUUUUUGUAAAUUAAUCUACAGAGAAGUGAUUGUUUUGAAGUGUGCAGUGGCUGAUAUUUGUGAAAUUAUUUGUCCUAAUUCUAGUGAAUUCUUCUAUCUUACAUCAUUUUUAUCUUCUACUCUGUUUUCUCUGAAUUUGUUUUCCAAAAUUUCAUGUAGGUAAAUUUGCCUAAAAUAUAUGUGUCAUACCUGGAUAAUUUGAAAUUAUUAGUACUUUGUAAUUAUGUGAAUGUUGUACUUUAAUAUUUGUUUAUUAGAUGUGAGUAUUUUUAUUGUGGUUUUUUACGGAAAGCAGGUGAAGAAAUUUUGUUUUAUUUUUUAAAUGUAUUUAAGUUCCGUCUCAAAUCUUGAAUAUACUUUUCUCACAAUCUAGCAGAGUAAUUUAGGACAGAUUAACUUGUCAAUGUUUCAGUAUACUCACCAAUAAAUAUUGAAAUAAAGAUCAGAACUGACCCUUCUUAUAAUCAAGACAUUAUUAGGUCAAUGGAAAGUCAUUUUUCUUUCAGAUGAAAAACGCAGUAAGACAAAUUAGCUUUUUUCUCUCUGUCUCUCUCUUCCUGUCCCUUGGCCCUCCUUCCCUUCUUUCUUUCUUUCUUUCUUUCUUUCUUUCUUUCUUUCUUUCUUUCUUUCUUUCUUUCUGUUUCCUAGUAUAUCAGCUUCGAUGUGCACUCUAUCUAAGUAGUCUAGGUUUUAUAGAAAAGCUUCUGGCCAGAGAUUGUUGACAAAAAGCAUAGGCUCUGUAAUUAUUAGUCAGUUGUAUGUGAGUAUAAGACUCAUCAAUUACCUGGAAAUUCAGAAAUACUAACCAAAUAAAUGGGAAAUUAAGAGCUUUUGAGAGCAGGAAGAAUAACAGACAAAGCUAAACCUUAUAGCUUUUGUAGUCCACUUACACACACUAUUAAGUAGUUAUUUUUGACUUUGUGAGUAAAAGUGUGCAAAUUAUAAAUUUGAGGUAUGAUGUAUCUUUUAACUUCUUAUAUAAAUAUAAUUAUGAUACAUGAUCCAUAUGGAUCAAUGUUCUUAGAAUCGUUAACUAUGGAAGAAUCCUUUUUGAUGCCCGAUAAAUUUUCAAUGUGUAUUUCAAACUAAAACAAUAAUAAAAUUGGGUGCAUGAAGGAAAACCAUUUGAAGGGCAUUGAAAAUCACUCACGAUUUUGUUCUAAGUGACUGUUUUAGAAAAUUAUAUAAUUAUUGACUUUGGUUGUUUAAAUGAGCACCUAUAACAUGUUUUCCAUUUCGAAAACAAGAUGUAUUCUGUUUGUUCAUUCAUGUUAGUUUUUUCAUCCUAAGAGAUACACUCAAACUAUUAUCACUACAUUUGUUUAUGACCCUUUGGGAAGAGAGCAAGAGCACACAGAAACAAAAGCGAAAAAUUUGCAUAAUAGGAUAUUUACAUUUAGAAAUCACAUUGAGUUUUGCUAAUCUUUUUAUCAAACUAUAGUUGAAAAAUGUUUACUACUAAUUAAGAAUUAAAUAUGUUUUGAAAGUGCAAAUAAUUGCCCAAGUUGAAAAAGAAUUAGUUUUAAAUGCCUUAUAUUUUUGUGAAAUAGAGUAAGGGGGCUUAGAGGACUGCUCCUCACUGACUGCGACUUUUUACUAUACACUGUAAUCCUUUCUAUUUAUUUGCUAAAUGACCUGUAACAUUUAUAUUGUUAUCCACCCUGGAAGGCUGCUGGCAUUACAACUCACAGUUGCUCUACAUAUGUAUUCUACACAUAUGUAAAUAAAUAAUAGAAAUCAACUUUCUCUCCGUGUAAACUUUGUGCUUAUAGCCUAAAUGUUUUUAGCAGCUUGUACAGGAAAAACUUAUGACCAUGAUGGGACAUUUAUUUUUUUAGAGAACUGAGAAAGAUUAAUUUGACAGUAUAGAAAAUAUGUCUUAUCUUGUUCUGGGAAAAUGAUCUGACAGACAAAAUCUACGGAGCUGCACACUCGGGAUGUAAAUCAAUAUUCGGGUUUUAAAUAGAUUACCAAUGCCAGGCUAUAUGGACUCAUGGGUUUCCAAAUUAUAAUUCCUUGUUUGAGACAAGUCUGCAAAGCCUAGUGGAGGUUAAAAUUUGAUAUUUGUGGUUUUAUGCCUGGCCUUUGACAGUGUUUAUGUAUGCAACCAAGUCUGUUCUGGUGCAUUCAGAGAGAUUUUUAAAAGUUGUUUUACACUGGCUUUAAUGUUGCACAGUGCUUUAUGUUACUUCUAUAGACUGUUCUGUUUAAGUGUGCACACCAUGCUCUGUGAGAAGAGUUAGUUAAGUUUGAAUUUGCUGUUAGCUGUAAAAAAUUUGUGAAUGCAUAAUAAUAAUGGGGCAUUCGAACAUUUGAAUAUCAAAAUAAGAUCCUGACAUCCCCAUUUCUUUAGAUGCAGCAUAUUUUCCUCACUGGCACAGUUUUGUGCAAAAGGAAAGGACAAAUUCAUAUGUAUUUUACAAGUGUUAGAAUCUUUAAAUAAUUGAAUAAGUAUGAAUUACUAAAAAUGUAACCUUAGGACUUGAAAAGGAAAUUCAAUGUAUAUAUGUUGCAUAAUUGUUUAGUAUCAAUUUGUAUUACAUUUAAGUAAAAGAGUUCUUAUGUGAGAGGCUUUUAGUCCCUAUAUUGUGAAAAAGACAGUUUUAUCAGUGAAUUUACAUAACCACCCUUAUUAAAAGAGGUGCACAGUCGGGCUUUCCAUACCUCUUCUUUGAAAUUUAGAUCUUCAGUGUUUUCUCCACCUUUAUUUACUUUCAAGGAUUAAUGACCAAUAAGUUUAAUAUUAAUUGGUAUUUGUAUUUUUUCUAGUAUUUGCCAUCCACCUUUUGUUCUAUUUAAAUAAUACAUUGAUUUUCCUCAAAUUUACAGCUUCUCUUAUCUCACAGAUGUUGCCAAUAUUUCUCAUUUAAAAUAUUUCCAGAAUUACUGGAAGCUAAAAGCAAUGAAUUUGUUUUAAUUAUUUUCUGAAAGUAUGAGUUUGUUUAACAUUUAAAAAGUAAAUGUACUUUUCUUAAUAUUAAAACAGAUUUUCUUUAAAUUUCAGUUGUUUUAACAUUUUUCCUUAAAUUACUGAAACAAAGAGACUCAAAAUGGUUUUUCCAUGCUUCUAGAUUCAUUUCUACCUUAGAAAUAAUGACAAUUAAUAUUUAUGAAAUUCUCAAUUGUGAUCUUCAUUUUUCCAUUGUAUUUAUAUAUAAGUUUAAAUUAUAGCUUCUAUAAUUUUGAAAAUAUAUGAUAUUUCAAAGAUUACAGUGAAAAUCAAUUUGGAGCCAUAAAGUCUUUGAGGAUGAGAAGUGCUAAAAAAACCUCAACAUCCUUUAUUAGCAAUGUAAUUUAUUGAAUGAUGAGACCUAAUUAUAUCCAAUGAAUCAAUUUGUGAAAUAGUGCCCAUGUUAAUUAUUAUUAAUAACUUUAAUCUUCAAAUCAUUUUAUGCAAAAUAAUUGAUUCUCAGCCAUCUGGUGAGGGCAGAGAAUGCUUUUCACUCAAGUCCAAAGGCUGUUGAGACUCUGUGGUGCUCUCCCCCUGUAUCCACAUUGACUUUCUCCAGCUCUCAAAACACUUGGAAAGACACACAACACAAGGCAUCUUUUUCUAUAUACUGUGCAACAGCUAAUUUUUUCAUUAUUUAUUGGUAUUGAUUAAGUUGCAUGGUGGAUUUUGAAAAAUUAAGUAAAGAGAAAACAGAUGAAUAUAUGUGUUGUCAUACUUGUUUACGUGCUGCUAGAAUUUUAAUUGAUCAUACAGUCUGUCAUAGUUAUUUUCUUGUUGCUUAGACAAAAACUUGAUGCCAAAAGUUAAGGGAAGAAACGUUUAUUUGGCUCAUAGUUUGUAGAGUUUUCAGUCCAUAGUCGACUGGCAAGACAGAAUGGCAUGCAGACAAGCAUUGCAGAGGAGAAACAGUUUAUGGCUGGCAGAAGUUAGCAAAGUAACCAGAGGGCCACCACAGCUCUUUCUAUCCCUAUAUCUUAUCCAGGCUACAUAGGGCAGGUAGCACUGAAGCCUUAGUUCUAUUGCCCUUGUUCUAGCAUUGCACCAAAAAUCAAUCCUACCAUCACUCUAGAUCCGGCCACGUCUGAAAAAGUUUUACCUAUGACUGGAUGAGGCUUUGGGGGACAUCUAGGCACAAACCAUAACACUGUCUGAUUAAAAUUCUGAGUAGUGUUAUGUAGGGAAGAGGAACAUGAACUAAAAUGUCUUAAUGCCCACUACAUGUCCCAUAUCAAGGUUUUCUCUUGAUUUUUAAAAUCAGACCUACAUCUCUGCAUGCUUUGUGAGGUUGAAGCACACAGCGUGUUUGAACUGGGAGCCAGGAACAUUGCUGUGGACAAGGGCUGAGAGAAGACUGAGAAGACCAUAUGCUUCUUUACUCCUAGGCUUAGAAUUAAAAUUAAGGUUACUUAAGCCCAUAUUUACUCAGUGGUUAGUAUAUUAAGCACUUUAUGUAUAUUAUCAAAUUUGAUUUUCAUAACAGACCUAUGAAGAAAUAGUUAAGGAACUUGUCCAGCAUAACAAUACUAACUGAUAACUACUAAGUGGUAAAGCUGAGAGUCCAACUGAGGCAGUCAGACUUUACAAAGAAAGCAUUUAUUCAUAGAAUACUGCUAUUGUAAAGAAAAUCUCACUCAAACAUGAAUUUUACAUCUCUUAAGACAAUGCACCUUUAAAGCCUCGUUAAGUCAAAAUAAAGUUUAAAACACUCAUACUCACUAACUUAAAUGUUCAUUUUUUAAUGGUAGAAAUAGUAACAGUUAUAAGUAAAAGGAGCUCAGUUCAACAAUGGUAUUUUCCUUUACAUGUAAUAGUUAAAAGGUAGAAUUGGAGGUAAAUUACCAAAUGCAAUUAUAAGAAGCCAAUUUGACAAUCACUGGUUUUCCUUCCAGUUAAAUUUUAAUGUAAAGAGGUAGUGCAUCAUCAUUAUGGAAAGCAAAAAGAUGUUUAGAAUUUUUUCUGUAGUUUAUUUUAUUUUAAUAUUAAAAUUUGGAUGAGACUCCAGAAAGCCUUUAUAUUUCAUUUUGUUUUUGACUCACUGAGUUUUAAGUAAAUUAUUCAGGUCUUUUUAUUGAUUAUACAGAUGUUGACAUCUUGGCCAAAGUACUAUUAAAUGCAUUAUCCAAAUGAACUUUUUCUGUUUAGAAUGAUGAUUUGGUUCUUAUUUCCAAAUUUAAUGAAUUUGCUUUAUAUAUAUAUUUGCUUUAGAGAGAUUAAUUCUUUCUAAUGGGAAAAAUAUUAAUUCUUAAGAUGUGAUUUACUUGGUUUACCUUUGAGCUGUAUAAAGCAAAUGUCUUGAGAUAAUGAAUGAAAAAGAAGUAAAGAAGGAAGAAAAAGCAAGAAAGAAAAAAAAAAUAAAGGCUAGAAACAACACAUUACCACAUUACACUCUGGGCUUUUCAUUUGGAACUAUCUUGUUUUUACUUUAUUGAUAGCAGAGUCACAGGUAACCAUGAAAAGGAGCGACCUACUUUCUUAGAAAUAACUGUGAGCGAUCUUGGGUGACACUAUCUAAAGCUUUUAAUGGGUACUUUCUGUUCCAUUCUGUGAUUCCACAUUAUCACUGCAUUCUUACUUAAAUGAGGUCAUGACUUGGGCUAAUUACUAAAGCAUUUGGCCAAAGAACAAUUGACUAAGAUUGUAGCCUAUGGCCAGAGUUAUAACGGAGGGACAGGCAGAAAAGGGAAGCUAUAGUACUUACCGGGUUUUCUGUGUGCGCUUUCCUUUGCAUAGUUUUUGCUUGCUCCUCUAUGAUAAUAUAUUGUGCUCACCAUGGCUAAAAUUUUAAUGAAGUAUAAAGAAGCAGUUUGAAAUCUUGUCUUGAAAUAAGUGAGUGUUGCCCUGCCAACAAAAGUGAGGACUUCUAUCUAGCUCUGACCCAGAAUCCCAGGUCCCUAAGCACGCAGUGGGUGGAGCUGUACCUUGAGUGAGUGAAGUCAAGAGGAUCUGAGCACUUUCUCAUUUAUUAAUUACUGACUGUUGACUGAACAGUCAAGACCAAAGUAUCCACCUUGAUGCCUGAAUAAACCAGAUUGGAUAUUCAUGACAACUGAUUUCAGCAAUUCCUUGUCAAAUGUUUUUAUACUAAUUCUCAACUAAAUCUCUGAUACUAUAAAAUUUAACCACUUCUUUCUGUGGUCAGACUUUCUGUUAUGUUAGGAAUUUAAAUUUUGUGAUAAAAGAAACAUAAACAUUAUUUUUGAUGACAUAACUGAUGUUGUCAUGGAUUCCUCAUCUGCUCCUUAACAUUUCUAACCGAAAUGUGUGGAAGAGAUUACUGCUGAGGCCAAGACGGAACAAACAGGAAAAGUACCUCCCUGGAAAACUAUGCAAAAUCACAUUCAUUUUGAAUUCCAUGUCAGGAAAACUUUGGUAGAUGUGCAACUUUAAUGUGGGCAUUUUAGGUCACAGUUGUGAAUUGUUAACAUACACCAAAUCCAAAUGUAUUUUCAUUUUAAAAUUAAGAUUAACAUUUUUCAUCGUUAGAAGAAUUAGUGACAAGCUGCUUUUUUACCCCUGUAGGUAUGUUUUCAUGUUGUGAUUCUCACAAUCGUCUAUCAGAUUUUAGGGAUGAUAUCUGCUUACAUUUCCCUGUGAUUGGGUUCCCAAACACCACCACUAAGCAGUUACUUCCUACCUGAGAACCUACUCACAGCAGAGGGAGCUGGGAACACACAGUAACAUGAACAGAUUUCUCAAAUGACAUAACAUUGAAAUUGGAAAACAAUUAGAAUCAUUUCUACUCUGAAACAUCCAUUGGGGUUUAUUGAAAGAACAGUAAUUUCUAGAAGUGCUUAGUCCUCAGACAACACAAGCUAAAAUGUGCAUAUUUGUGAUAUAUUAAAAGCUGUAGACUUAUUUUUUAUCCUAUGUUCUAGUGACUUUGUUUACACUACUUGCAUCAUUUUGUAUACUAAAAUGUAAAUUCCUGUCUAUAAUGCUGAUGUUACUAUGGUAAUUUAUUUUUUUGCAAAUUCUUAAAUGUUUUUGCCACUGCAACUCUGUUUGUGAGAAUUUGAAGGUAAUACAAAUGCCAGACCUUUAUGAGUUAAUUUAGAAAUAGAAAUAUUUGAUUCAUGUAUUGACCAAGGAAAUAGUGCUAAAAUUUCACGUGAAGUAUUUUUAAUACUCUUGAGCUAAGUAGUUGUCUGUAAUAUUUGAAAUCCUGAUUCACGCUAAGCAGUGCAUUUUUUUGUAUUUACACCAAGAUAUUGCAACACGUAAUAUAGAAAGUUUGUGUGUAUUGUUGAAUUAUCACUUGAUUGCCAAGAGGCUGUGUGGAGAUAUUUUAAAUUUGUGAUUUUAGGGUUAAUUCUGGAAUACUUGUGAUCAACAUUCAGUUGCAGCUGGGAAGCUUAUGGUGAUUGUCACUUAAAGUUUUUUCUGAAGUAAUAGUGAUUUUGAAAUGUGAAUUGACAGGUGAAGUUUUUAACCCAAAGGAAUUCUGGGUUUCAGCACAAUAAACUGUAUUUCAUCAGGGAGGAUUAACUUUGCUUUUUUUUCACACUUUAUUUAAAUGUGGAUAUUUUUUCAUAAUUCUGAAUAAAAUGUGCAUUUUAUGGAA